AAGGCGAGCGCUGAGGGGCCAGGCAACGGGGUGGGGUGGGGUCCCCCCCUACAUAUCCAUCUCUACCUCUUUUGGAUAGAGAGGUGUCGCCCCCUGAGGAAAGCUGCCUCCCCACGGGGGGGGGGUGGAAAAACAACCUUCCUUCCCUCGCACCCCCCACCCACCCACCCCAAACCAAUCUUGGCUGAAGGAGCCGGCGCCCUCCUUGUCUGCAUGGGGAGUGAAACGAGCCUGGCUUGCGGAGCGGGGAGGGGUUUCCUGUGCGGGCUCGCUUGAGAAAAGGGGGGACUUGGAAAGUGGGGUGGUGGCUUGGAAGGAGAGAUUUCUGGGCGCGCGCCCCCCCCCUUGUCACACACAUGCACGGGAGCGAAACUGGGUCGAGGUAGUUUUCCUUGGGAUUUGUAUGUCUUUGCAGUCUCGCUUGCUGGUGCGGCGGCAGCCCCGGGGGGGAGAAAAGGAGCUGGGGGGGUGUUGCUGUUGUGCGGCUGGCUGAUGUAGGGCUCUCUCGUAGGGUCGCUUCCUUUCUUUCUCCUUCCUCUUAAAGCACGGACAGAAGAGGAAGAAAGAGAGUGAAGUCGAAGACAUACAUCCGUAGGAAGCGUCGGGGGAAGGGUGUUUUUUUUUUGGGGGGGGGGGAAUCCCUGAAAAUGAACGUCGAUGGCCUCGCGACCGCUCCUUUUCUGGACGAGGGGCAUAAUGAAAACCCUGUUGUCGCCGCUGCCCUGGCUACUUUUUGAAUUUUAUCGGGGGACCUAGCUUGGACGUAUUCUUCCUGAACUCGUGGAGCAUUUUACGGAAUUACUGCAACGGAGGGAACCUCAUACUGGCUUCUGGUUUUGUUUUGCUUUUCUUUCUUUCUUGGAAAAUCCUGAUUUGUUUUUUUUUUUAAAAAAAAGCUCUUAAGAUGGAAAACGAGAUUUUCACACCUCUUUUGGAGGUCUUCAUAUCCAGCCCUCUUGUUACGUGGGUUAAGACAUUUGGACCGUUAGCUGGAGGAAGUCCAACAAACUUGGACGAAUAUGUUGCACUUGUGGAUGGAGUUUUCUUGAAUGAAGUCAUGCUUCAAAUCAACCCUAAGGCAUCUAGUCAAAGAGUAAAUAAGAAAAUCAACAAUGAUGCAUCACUUCGAAUUCAAAAUUUAUCUAUUUUGGUGAAGCAAAUAAAAUCAUACUAUCAGGAGACAUUGCAACAAUUGAUUAUGAUGCCUUUGCCAAACAUCUUGAUAAUUGGCAAAAAUCCCUUUUCAGAACAAGGCACUGAAGAAGUAAAAAAGCUGCUUCUACUCCUCCUUGGAUGUGCAGUUCAGUGUCAGAAGAAAGAAGAAUUCAUUGAAAGAAUCCAAAGUUUAGACUUUGAUAUAAGAGCUGCUGUUGCUGCCCAUAUACAAGAGGUAACUCAUAAUCAGGAAAAUGUGUUUGAUCUCCAGUGGAUGGAUGACAGUGCUCUGUCACAUGACUGUAUUGAGUCUCUCCUAAAAAAUAUGGCAUUGCAUUUAAAAAGGCUUAUAGAUGAGCGAGAUGAGCAUUCUGAGACUAUCAUAGAACUCUCUGAAGAACGAGACUCUCUUCAUUUUCUACCUCAUGCAUCAGCAGCACAAUCACCUUGUGGAUCUCCAGGCAUGAAGCGCACUGAAAGUAGGCAACACUUAUCAGUGGAACUAGCAGAUGCCAAAGCAAAGAUCAGAAGGCUUAGACAAGAGCUUGAGGAGAAGACUGAACAGUUACUGGAUUGUAAGCAAGAACUGGAACAAAUUGAAGCUGAAUUGAAAAGACUGCAACAAGAGAAUAUGAAUUUGCUUUCAGAUGCCCGUUCUGCCAGGGUGUACCGUGAUGAACUUGAUGCUCUCAGAGAGAAGGCAAUCAGGGUUGACAAGCUUGAAAGUGAAGUCAGUCGGUAUAAGGAGAGGCUACACGAUAUUGAAUUCUACAAGGCUAGAGUAGAGGAGCUAAAAGAAGAUAAUCAAGUACUGCUAGAAACAAAGACAAUGUUGGAAGAUCAGUUAGAGGGAACCCGAGCCCGUUCUGAUAAACUGCACGAACUGGAAAAGGAAAACUUACAGUUAAAGGCAAAACUUCAUGAUAUGGAAACGGAACGUGAUAUGGACCGGAAGAAAAUUGAGGAACUUAUGGAGGAAAAUAUGACACUUGAAAUGGCUCAGAAGCAAAGUAUGGAUGAAUCACUGCAUUUGGGCUGGGAACUUGAACAAAUAAACAGAUCAUCUGAACUUUCUGAAGCGCCACGAAAGUCACUUGGUCAUGAAGUGAAUGAACUGACUUCAAGUAGGUUACUGAAACUAGAAAUGGAAAACCAAAGUUUGCUAAAGACUGUGGAAGAGUUGCAAAAUGCAGUGGGAUCUGCAGAAGGCAGCAGUUCAAAAAUGCUGAAAAUGGAAAAGGAAAACCAAAGACUAAGUAAAAAGCUGGAAGGACUUGAGAAGGAACUUUCUGAAGAGAAACAAGGUCUUCAGAAUAGUCAGAAUCUUAGCAAAGAUCUAAUGAAAGAGAAAGCCCAACUUGAAAAGACUAUUGAGACUCUAAGAGAAAACUCAGAGAGACAGAUUAAAAUCCUGGAACAAGAGAAUGAGCAUUUGAAUCGAACAGUGGCUUCCCUCAGACAGCGUUCACAAAUUAGUGCUGAAGCAAGAGUGAAAGAUAUUGAAAAGGAAAAUAAAAUUCUCCAUGAAUCUAUUAAAGAGACAAGCAGUAAAUUAAAUAAGAUAGAAUUUGAAAAGAAGCAACUGAAGAAAGAGUUAGAACAUUAUAAAGAGAAGGGAGAAAGAGCAGAUGAACUGGAGAAAGAAGUUCAACAUCUUGAAAAAGAAAAUGAACUAUUACAGAAAAAGAUUACCAACUUAAAGAUUACAUGUGAAAAAAUAGAUUCCUUAGAACAAGAGAACUCAAGUCUAGACACUGAAAACAGAAAGCUGAAAAAGACUCUAGAUAGUCUUAAAAAUCUCAGCUUUCAAUUAGAGUCAUUAGAGAAAGAGAACACACAACUUGAUGAAGAGAAUUUAGAGCUCAGAAGAACAGUUGAAACUUUGAAAAGUACAAAUAUCAAGAUGGCUCAGUUAGAGCUAGAAAAUAAAGAACUGGAAAGUGAGAAAGGACAGCUUCAAAAGAGCCUGGAUCUUAUGAAAACUUCUUUUAAGAAGACUGAACGCUUAGAAGUAAGUUAUCAGGGUUUGGAUACAGAAAACCAAAGACUGCAGAAAGCCCUAGAAAACACCAACAAAAAGAUUCAGCAUCUAGAAAGUGAACUACAGGAUCUAGAGACGGAAAAUCAAACCUUACAAAAAAACCUGGAAGAACUCAAAAUCUCUAGUAAACGCUUAGAAAAAUUAGAAAAAGAGAACAAGCUUUUGGAGCAAGAGACCUCUCAGCUAGAAAAAGAUAAGAAACAGCUGGAAAAAGAGAACAAGAGGCUUCGACAACAAGCAGAUAUUAAGGAGAGCACAUUAGAAGAGAAUAAUGUAAAAAUUGGUGAUCUGGAAAAAGAGAACAAGUCACUCGUUAAGGAAAUUGGUAUAUGUAAAGAAGCUUCUGUUCGUUUAAAAGAGAUUGAAAAGGAAAAUAAAGAGCUUGUUAAAAGAGCCACCAUUGACAAGAAAACGCUUGUCACAUUACGGGAGGAUUUGGUGAAUGAAAAACUGAAGACACAGCAGAUGAAUAAUGAUUUAGAAAAGCUUACACAUGAACUUGAAAAGAUAGGUUUAAAUAAGGAGCGCCUCUUGCAUGAUGAGCAGAGUUCAGAUGAUAGCAAAUACAAGCUACUGGAGUCAAGAUUAGAAUCCACAUUGAAAAAGUCACUUGAAAUAAAAGAAGAAAAAAUUGCUGCUUUGGAAGCUCGAUUAGAAGAAUCAACAAAUUUAAAUCAACAACUGCGCCAGGAACUUAAAACAGUGAAAAAGAAUUAUGAGGCCCUCAAGCAAAGACAAGAGGAAGAGAAAAUGGUACAGAAUUGUUCGUCAAAAACUGAUGAAGAAAGUUUGUCUGUCAAUAAAUGGGAACGAGAGAGCCAAGAAACUACUAGAGAACUUUUAAAGGUUAAAGAUAGAUUGAUUGAAGUUGAGAGAAAUAACGCAACUCUGCAGGCAGAGAAGCAAGCCCUGAAAACACAACUAAAGCAGCUUGAGACGCAGAACAAUAAUGUGCAAGCUCAGAUUGUGGCACUUCAGAGACAGACUGUUUCCUUACAGGAGCAAAAUACAACGCUGCAAACUCAGAAUGCCAAGCUUCAGGUAGAAAAUUCUGCUAUUAAUUCGCAAAGUACAUCUCUUAUGAAUCAGAAUGCACAAUUGCUGAUUCAGCAGUCUACCUUGGAAAAUGAAAAUGAGUCCAUAAUCAAGGAACGUGAGGAUCUGAGAUCGCUAUAUGAUUCACUCAUCAAAGAUCAUGAAAAACUGGAACAGCUUCAUGAACGGCAAGCUACUGAAUAUGAAUCUCUAAUUUCCAAACAUGGAAACCUUAAGUCAGCACACAAGAAUCUUGAGGUGGAACAUAAGGACUUAGAAGACAGAUACAAUCAAUUGCUGAAACAAAAAGUGCAAUUAGAAGAACUGGAAAAAGUUCUCAAAGCAGAACAAGAGAAGAUGCUACAGCAAAACAAAAAGCAUGAAACAGUAGCAGCGGAAUACAAAAAGCUUUGUGAGGAAAAUGACAGAUUGAAUCAUACAUAUACCCAGCUUUUGAAAGAAAAUGAAAUUCUCCAAAUGGAUCAUAAGAAUUUGAAAACAUUACUGAACAGUUCUAAACUGGAACAAACAAGGCUGGAAGCUGAAUUUUCCAAACUCAAAGAGCAGUACCAACAGCUGGAUAUUACGUAUACAAAACUGAAUAAUCAGUGUGAGUUGCUUAGCCAGCUAAAAGGAAAUUUGGAAGAAGAAAACAGACACCUGUUGGAUCAAAUACAGACAUUAAUGCUGCAAAACAGAACGUUAUUAGAGCAGAAUAUGGAAAGCAAAGAUCUGUUCCACGUUGAACAAAGGCAGUAUAUUGACAAGCUAAAUGAAUUGAGAAGACAAAAAGAGAAAUUGGAAGAAAAGAUUAUGGAUCAGUAUAAAUUUUAUGAACCAUCUCCUCCGAGAAGGAGAGGUAAUUGGAUUACUCUGAAAAUGAGGAAACUGAUAAAAUCAAAGAAGGAUAUUAACCGAGAACGCCUCAAGUCUCUAACUCUGACACCAACCCGCUCAGAAUCUAGUGAAGGAUUUCUUCAGCUGCCACAUCAGGACAGUCAAGAUAGUUCCUCGGUGGGCUCAAAUUCCCUGGAAGAUGGUCAGACCGUGGGGGCUAAGAAAAGCAGCAUGGUUGCACUGAAAAGACUGCCCUUUUUGAGGAACAGACCGAAGGAAAAAGACAAAAUGAAGGCCUUCUACCGUCGCUCCAUGUCCAUGAAUGACCUGGUGCAGUCCAUGGUCCUAGCAGGAGGACAAUGGACAGGUAGUUCUGAGCAUCUGGAGGGUCCUGAUGAUAUAUCUACGGGUAAAAGGAGAAAAGAAUUGGGAUCUAUGGCCUUCUCUACUACAUCCAUCAACUUUGCAACUGUCAACUCUGCUGCAGGCUUGAGAUCCAAGCAGUUGCUUAAUAAUAAAGAUGCUACAUCUUUUGAAGAUGUAAGUCCACAAGGAAUUAGUGAUGAUUCUAGUACAGGAUCAAGAAUUCAUGCUUCCAGACCAGCCAGCCUUGAUAGUGGCAGAACAUCCACUAGCAAUAGCAAUAAUAAUGCCUCACUCCAUGAAGUCAAAGCAGGCACAGUUACUAACCAAAGCAGGCCACAAAGCCACAGCAGUGGAGAAUUUAGCCUGCUUCAUGAGCAUGACGCAUGGUCCAGCAGCAGCAGCAGUCCCAUCCAGUAUUUGAAAAGCCAUGCCAGGUCUAGCCCCAUGCUCCAUCCUAAAAUGUCAGAAGCAAUGGAUAGACAAGGAACGCACAGAAUUAAAACGGACUCCCCUGGAAGUGAAGUGGUUACUCUGCAGCAGUUCUUGGAAGAAAGUAAUAAAGGGACUUCGGCUGAGCUCAAGUCCUCAAGCCAAGAUAAUCUUUUGGAUGAAGUGAUGAAAUUUUUUUCUGAAAAUGCUGAAUUAGUCGGAAGAGAUAAAUUAAGAAAGCAGUCAUCAGGCAGCGGUGGUAUUGCCAGAUCACAGAGUGUGAAAAACACAAUGGAGUUCUCUGAUGGAAAGUCAGCUAAACAAGGACACCUUACAAGGCCCAGCUCGCGUAGAAUGGAAGAUGCCAACUUUGCAAACUCUUCAAAAACACUUACAGCAGGCACUAAAGGAAGGGCCAGGUCUGUUAAAGAAAGUGUACAAUCACAACGACAAUCAAAAGAUUGUAAUCCUUAUGCGACUUUACCUCGUGCAAGCAGUGUGAUUUCGACUGCAGAAGGAACUACUCGGAGGACAAGCAUCCAUGAUUUUUUGUCUAAGGACACCAGGCAGCCAGUAUCAAUUGAUCCAACUCCACCUACAGGUGACAGAAGCGUCCCAUCAGCUUCUAAUGUGGAAGCUAAACCAGAAAACAGAAAUUCAAAAAGCAGGUCUAGGGAGCAACAAAGCUCCUAAUUCUAUUACCCCCACUACAUGAGAUGUGGGCCAAGUGGUGAGUUUUCUGCCCAACAUGUAAAUGAGAUUGCUUUCAUUUACAGAGGAGUAAAAAACUAACAUUUAUAAAUGAAAACAAGUGCAAUUUGCAUUAACAGUUGUCAGUACCGCUUGCAUUAAAUGGCUCUUGCUUACUGUAUUCAAGCUAAGCCAGCAUGUGACACUUACUUAUCUACCCAGGCAAGGAGUGUCCAGUCUUCUAAAUCCACCUUGCUUUUCUCAUAUAUGUCUCCAAUAAUAAAUCACAGUGUAUAGUAGCAAGUCACUAUCCAAAAAAAUGACAUUGCGUUGUUCAUUUGGGGACUCCUGUGCAAUCCUGUGCCAGUGUAACCUUUAUGUUAACUGCCUCUAAAGAGCCAGCUGUAUUAUACUGCAUAUAAGUUGGUCAUUUUCUCAAGCAUAUACAUUUUGAGGCUACAGUAAUACCCAUUUUAGAAUGUGAUAUAUGAUCAGAGCCAUGCAGACUCUAUAGAAACAGAUUUUUUUAAAAAAAAUUACACCCAGAAACAGUUUAGGUUUUGUGGUUCUGGAUUCUGCGAAUUAAAUAAAUUAAGCGCAGUGCUUCUGAUUUUAUUUAACUGUCAUUUUUACUAUUUUGCAUGAUUUAUUUCAGUUAUGUUGAGGGCACAGAAGUAUCCCUGGCCCUUUGUGUACAUUGGGAAUGUUGUUCAGCCCCCACCCCUCCAGCUCCUGAAAAACUUGUUUUCAAGCAUAUCUUUGCAGUCCUAAGGACUUGAAACCCUAUCUUUAAAAAAAACCAUGAAUUACCGUAUUUUUCACUCUAUAAGACGCACCAGACCAUAAGACGCACCUAGUUUUUGGAGGAGGAAAACAAGAGAAAAAAAAACAUUCUGAAUCUCAGAAGCCAGAACAACAAGAGGGAUCACUGCACAGCGAAAGCAGCGAUCCCUCUUGCUGUUCUGGCUUCUGGGAUAGCUGUGCAGCCUGCAUUAGCUCCACAAGACGCACACACAUUUCCCCUUACUUUUUAGGAGGGAAAAAGUGAGUCUUAUAGAGCAAAAAAUAUGGUAUUAUGAAACUUGAGUUCUACCCCAAGUAGCACCAUUUGUGCUUUCUUCUCUGUCAAUCACUGAAACUUCCAGCAUAUACACAGCCCUGAAUAGUAAGCAUGUAAAAGCAUAGCUACAGGAAUUGAAAGGCUGCAAUCCUAUACACAUUUACAUGGGAGUAAGUCCUAUUGAAAAUAAUGGGACUUGUUUCUAGGUAAUCAUGCAUAGGCUUGCAGUUACAACAGUGGUGCCCAGAUGCCAUUAUAUAGUAUUUUACUCUUGGCAUUCUAUCUCCCUUCUUCUUUAUCAUUGCUUAAACCAUUUCUAUUGUGUCCUCCUAGUUCUUGUAGUCACUUUACUUUUUUAUAUCUCUUCUGUAUCUUUUUAAGCUUUUCUUACGUUUACUUCUCUUUCUACUUUUCACUUGAACACAGAGAGAAAAGUGUCCUUCAGUAUCUCAGUGUGAAGCCUUUAUUACUGAAGUAACAAGGCAUCCGGCUAUAGGAAUCAUGUUGUGUUUUUAAAAAUAGUUGAAGGUUUUUACAGGCCUACAUGAAAAGAACAAUCAAGAAAUAUGCAUCUUCUUUCCUUGAAUCAAGGAGCUGUGCUGGUGUCUCCUGCUGAAUUUUUUUAAAGAAGGAAUUUAUUGCACAUUGCACUGUUAAGAUCUACUGAAUAAAGGAGAGCUUUAACCUCUCUAACGACCAAGGGUUGUAUGGCCUCAAGAUUUGCUCCAGGAACUCAACUGCUUUUUUUUUUUCUUCAUUCCUUUAUGAACCCCAGUCAUCAACUGCUUACUGCUUCUGCUAAUAAUUAGCAAUAUUUAGUUCUGUAAAUCUGAAAGGGGAGAAGGCUGUAGUAUAUUGUGGAAUUUGUUGUAAAUACAGGUACAAAAAUGAACCCCUCAAGCUUAUUUUAUUGGUUUGCUUAAUUUGCAUGAUGUUGCUCUUUGUAAAAUGAGACUGCUGGUUAUUUUGGUGCAAAUAGCAAGAAAAAAAUUGUUUAGGUACCUGAAAACUUAGCUAAACACUUUAAUCCACACUCGACAUGAUUUUAUUUGUUCCAUGAGUUUUCAAGGCAACAAGUUAUUUUGCAAAACAAUACAAUUGGGGUGGGGUGGGGGCAGGGAAACAAUGGAAUUAAUAUUCCUGGAACUUUCUAUGUCCAAUAAAACAAUCUGUUUUCAACAAAUACAAAUUUUGGAACAAAACUGUCUUUAAGUUAAAUAUUUUGUACUUUUACUUGUGUUUUUUAAUUUGUGAUUUUGUUAGCCUAUUAUGGUUUAGGAGGAAGCUUUAUGGGGGAAGACGAAGGUAAACAAGGUUCUGAGAAGCAUUUUGAAGCCAUUCCUUUUAUUAAGGCUCUUACUAAUAUUUCCACCUUUUUGUUCCUUAUAAUUGUAUAUGAAUUAAGAUUUAUUAAUGCUGUUGGUACUUUGAAAAUAUUUGUUGUAUGCAUUUGUCUUAAAACUCUUGCAAAGAGCACAGGAAAAUAGAUUUGGUUAAUCCUGGGAAAUGUACAUGAAAUUAUCCUGGUUUAUAUUAAAUUUCAAAGGUUUAUUUUCUUACGAGUCACUAAAUGUAUUAAUAUUUCCAUGACAAUAUAUCGCAUUUUAACCAUUUAACCUCAUUGGGUUCAUUCAACCUUGCUAAUAUUUAUGCACGUGGGCAUCCUUAAACCUCACCACGCUUUAUUUUCAUCUCAGCCAAACUAUUUGCAAGGAGUUGUACUAUAUCUAAAAUCCCAUCCCUUGCUAAUCUGGGGCCCACCAGAUGUUUUGGUCUACAACUCCUAUCAGUCCCAGCCAACAUGGCUGCUGGCUGGGUCUGCUUCAUCUCAGGGUUGUGGGUUCAAGCCCCAUGUUGGGCAAAAGUUUCCUGCUUUGCGGGGGUUGGACUAGAUGACCCUCGUGGUCCCUUCCAGCUCUACAAUUCUAUGAUUCAAUAGAGCGUUUUAAUCCAAAACAUCUGGAGGGUGCUAUGUUUGUGAAGACCGACCUAGUAAACUCCUGUUGGGCUGGGACCAGCGCUCCCUAUGUUAAUAUCAAACAUUUUUUUUAAA